CUCAAUUUCCUGCGGCUGGGCCGCCUGGACCUGCCCCGUGGCUAUGGGGAGACGGCCCUGCUCAGGGCAGAGGCGGACUUCUACCAGAUCCAGCCCCUCCUGGAUGCCCUGCGGGAACUGGAGGCCUCUCGGGGGACCCCCGUGCCCACAGCUGCCCUGCUCCAUGCAGAUGUAGACGCCAGCCCCCGCCUGGUGCACUUCUCCGCUCGCCGGGGCCCACACCACUAUGAGCUGAGCUCUGUGCAGGUGGAUACGUUCCGAGCCAACAUCUUCUGCACCGACCCCGAGUGCCUGGGCGCCAUGCGGGCCCGAUUCGGUGUGGCCAGUGAGGACAGGGCAGAGGGAGGCCCUCACUUUCGUCUGGAGUGGGCCCCCUGUCCCGCAGAGCUCCCUGAGGUGGAGUAUAGGAGACUGGGGCUACAGCCUCUGUGGACUGGGGGGCCGGGGGAGCUGCGGGAGGUGGUGGGCACGCCGGGCUUCCUGGAGGAGGUGCUGCGGGUGGCUCUGGAGCACGGCUUCCGCCUAGACUCCGUCUUCCCUGACCCCGAGGACCUGCUCAACUCCCGAUCUCUGCGCUUUGUGAGGCACUGA